AUGUGUGAGAGGUUUAGUCGAAAUCUUUUUAAAGGUCCACGAUCAAAGUACUGAAGAUUUAUCAAUUAUUACAGAAGACAUAAUAAUUCAGUAUUGUGUUUCGCGUUUGUGACUUGCGUUAUUAAUUAUUCACCUUUUCUACGGUGACUUGUGCCGUGUGUUAAAUUAAGCAGUUUAUUUUCAUGAUUUUCAAAACACCAAAAAUCGAAAAGGAAGACUAAUUUGACAGUUACUGAACAAACAAAACAUUGAUAGGAUACAUUUACACAAGUUAACUGUAAAUCAAGAAAAAUGACUAUUGAGGUUUAUAGAAAUCGACAAUUCGACAAUAUUUACCAAUACAUCCCAGAAAAUAUACUAUGUGAUGUCACUUUUAUUAGUGAUGACGGAUCCAAAAUACGAGCACACAAAUUAAUACUAUCUUCUGUGAGCACUGUAUUUCAAACAAUGUUUACAGCGGCAUUUAAGGAAAAUAAAGAAAAUUACAUUCAUAUAAAAAAUAUAGACACCGAAGUUUUGCAAUCCAUCGUAAACUUUGCCUACACAACCAAAGUCGAUAUUAAAGAACAUUAUGUUGAGGAACUGUGGAUGGCUGCUGAUUUCUAUGAUGUUAGCCUUAUAAAAGAAUUGUGUGUUGAAUAUAUUGAAGAAAACAUAGAUGCUAAAAAUUGUGUUAGUUAUAUGGAGACUGCCGACUUAGUAUCAGAUAAAUUGACUUACGGGUUUUGUUGGGAGUUUUUUAUAAAAAAUUUCAACAUGAUUGUGGAGUUGGAUAUAGCAUUGGUAGACCUAUACGAGUUUCCGAUCGAUGAUGUUCUUAAGAUUAUUAAACAUGACGAUUUGGUAAUCGAUACUGAGGAAAAGAUAUUUUAUUUCAUCAUUGGUUGGAUGAUGUUUAAUAUAGAUGAACGAUAUAAUUUGCUACCGAAUCUAAUGAAAAACCUACGUUUGCACUUAAUUUCGGAAGAAGGACUUCAACAAAUAUGUAACAUACCAUGUAUUAGAGAAAACAAAGAGAUUAUGAACGACUUGUCAGAAGAACUCGAUAAACGUGUCGGUUCAAAACCUAUAAGUGUAUUGGGGAGGAACUUUUCGACUAUGCCUAACAUUAUUUUGGCGCUUAAGGAAUGUUCUACAAAUUUUCCUGAGUCCGGUUUCAUGUAUAUGGAUACUAGAGCACCCAAUUGUAGUUUAAAAUGGAAAUCGAGUAAUCUUUCAUAUUUCCAUCCUCCCCGUGAAGACUCUACGGUGGUAAUCUCUGAAAACGGUACAAUGCUUGCAAUUGGCGGAAUAAAUGAAGAAGGCGAAGAGGUCAAUCUUGUCGAUGAACUAGAUCUCAAGAAAACGUUAAAAAAAUGGUAUUUUACAAGUACAUUAAAUCAACAACGAACAAAAUUUGCUGUCUGUGUUCACAAGGAAUUAAUUUAUGUGGUUGGAGGCUACGAUUCCGUGUCGAAUAGUUAUUUGAAUUCAGUAGAAUACUACGAUACAAGUUCAAUGAUAUGGACAGAACUUGUUAAACCCAUGCCCACAGCUCGAUGCAUGUGCAGCGUUAUAAUCAAUAACAAUCGAUUAUAUGUUUUUGGUGGAAGUAAUGGGGAAAGUCUUUCAACUGUAGAAUACUAUGAUUUUGAGGAAAAACGUUGGAAAAAACUUGGUCCUAUGCCAGUAUGCGAUAAGGACAUGGGUGUAGCGACAAUUGAAAACGAAAUUUAUCUUAUUGGUGGUAUUAAUAGACCUCGGCAAGUUUAUAAAUUAAAUGUACAAAAUUUCCAAUGGAAUGGAAUGCCUAAUACGCAGUUGAAAACAAAUCGUGCAAUAUCAUGUAUUGUGACCAAGAAGAACGACUUAUACUUAUUUGUCAAUAGCAAUGGGAGAGUAUUCUGUGAAAUGUAUGAUGCAAGAAAAAAAAGGUGGGAAUGGAUUGACGGUUAUGGAGAAUAUGUUACUACUGAUAUCAUUGCCUGUAGUGUGGAGACUCUGAAAUCGUGUGGUAUAUACUUAAAGUAAUAGUUUUUUAUUAAUCAAUUCUAGUGAACUAAAUUUUGUUUGUCUUAUUAAAUUUUACGCUGAAAUUUCCAUUAUUUUAUUUAGUGUUCUCUGUACUUACUGUUGUCAAUUAUU